AUGUCAACUAUCGUUGCUCACCAGCCAUCACAAACACCUCCUUCACAUCAUUUACCUAUUGAUCCCCAUUCAACUGAUCACGUGCAACAACAACAUUCAACAAUAACAGCAAAUAUGUCAUUAGCAGCUGAACGAGAUGCCUAUUUACGAUUGGCAGCACACUCAAUGGAAAAUUCCAGACAGAUUGCGCCCAAUUUCAAUGUACAUUCACCAAAAGCUUAUGGUGGUUAUGUUAUAUCUAACUAUAAAUAUACCGUUGUUGUUGUUGUUGUCGAUAUUAUCGUUAUUGUUAUUUCACUCGUAUCUGACAUGGAAGGCGAUGUUGUGUUGCUCGGAUUAAUGGGCUGGAAUGCCGCUGCACCAACGGGAACACAGUUUAUACCAAUGCCAACAUCAACUGAAAUGUGUUAUGAAUUGUUGACAGGAGCGUCACCGGCACCAGCAACUCAUGCUGGCGCAUAUGAUCAGCAAAGACCGAACUAUGUAAAUGGUUUAUCAUCACCAUUUGAUCAUGCCCAACAACCAACUCUUAGUGAUACAAAUUUGUACAUAAAAAAUUUGCCAGCAGAGUAUUCUGAUAAAGAUCUUGCUGCGCUGGUCGAAGGUUGUGGCAAAAUAAAAUCAAUGAAAGCAAUCAUUGAUAAGCAAACAAAUAAAUGUAAAGGUUUUGGUUUUAUUGAUUUCGAAUCCCAUGAAGAUGCCCAAAACGCAAUAGCUGAAUUACAAAAGAAAGGCUAUACAGCUCAAUUAGCUAAAUCGUCUCAACAACAAGAACAAGAUGAAACAAAUUUAUAUUUUGCUAAUUUGGAUCUAAAUAUGACUGAACAAGAUUUACGACAAGCAUUAAGCGAAUAUGGAACUGUUGUUAGUGUACGUAUUUUACGUGAUCAACACAAACAAUCACGCGGAGUUGGGUUUGCAAGAAUGAAUGAUAGAAAACAAUGUCAAGAAAUUAUCGAUCAAUUCCAUAAUAAAACUUUUCGAAAUUUUACCGAUAAACCUGUACAAGUCAAGUUUGCUGAUGCUAGUAAAAAUAAAAAAUUAUACAAAACGGGUUUAGAUGACAUGAAAAGUGGUCCUCCGUUAUAUUCACCAAUGGAACAAACAGGCUCGUAUCAACAUCAAACAGUUAUCUAUUCUCCAUGGGCACAAAUAUCGCCCCAACAAGUUCCAGUUCAUUCACAACAAGCACCUCAACAUCCGAUGUUUGGUCCCGGAGGACAAUUACGACAAGGACUACAAGGUUUUAAUCAUCCUAUUCCGUCCUAUUUACAAUCAUCAUCUGAAAAUGGUGCCGCAUUCGUAUUACCAUUGCCUGUACAACAAUUACAACAAUUACAAAUAGCAAAUGGACACCCAGGAUAUUGUGUUGUUAAUCCUCCUCCACAUCAUGCAUAUUAUAUGUCAGCAGCCCAACCGCAAUCACAACCGCAACAUGAUCAAUAA